GUUAUGAUGUCAAAAGGGCGCCAUUUCUCUCGCUAUAUAUAUGUAUCCAAUUCGUCCAGAAUUCAAACAUUCACCCAAAGCAACAGGUGCGCGCACGGCCAUGGCGGGUAGCAACGGUGCUCUGCUGGCAUUCCGCAUCCUCCUCUGCUGCGCCCUCGCCUUCACGGUCACCGUCUUGCUCCCUCUUGCCUUAAGGACAUGCGCGUACUCUCUGUCGAAAACCAUCCUCGCCGCCACCGGACUCGACCCUCAGCUCAUCUCCUGCGCCGGCGACCCCGCCACGAAAGCCCCAUUGUCCGGAUACGGAGGCGACGCCGGGAACAAAGCCGGCAGCGGCGGCAGGCCCAUAGUCACCGACCUGCGGUGGUGCGGCGAGCCCAGCCUCCCGCCCCACGCGCUCUCGCCCUUCCACUGCUGCCCUCCGGCGCCGGUGUCCGAGCCCGCCGUCAUCAACUUCACGUUCCCCGACCCGGCCGCGCCACUCCGGACGAGGCGGCCGGCGCACGACGCCGGCGCGGCGGGCGACAUGGCCAAGCUCGCUCGCGCGGUGGCGCUGAUGAAGGCGCUGCCGGCGUCGGACCCGCGCAGCUUCUACCAGCAGGCCAACAUCCACUGCGCCUACUGCGCCGGCGCGCACCGGCAGGCGGGGCGGCCGGAGCUCCCCCUGCAGAUCCACGCCUCGUGGCUCUUCUUCCCCUUCCACCGCGCCUACCUCCACUUCUUCGAGCGCAUCGCGGCGAGGCUCCUCGGCGACCCCGGGUUCGCCGUGCCGUUCUGGAGCUGGGACGUGCCGGAGGGGAUGCGGGUGCCCCAGGAGUUCGCCGACGAGGUGUCGCCGCUCCACGAUCCCUCGCGGAACCCGAGGCACGCGCCGCCGAGGGUCGUCGACCUCGACUUCUCGUACGCGGAGAAGAAUUGCACCGACGAGCAGCAGAUCCAGCUCAACCUCCGGAUCAUGUAUAAACAGAUGGUCACCAACGCACCGCUGCCAUCCCUCUUCCACGGGCAGCCGUACCGCGCCGGCGACCGGGGGAUGCCGGGCGCCGGCACGGUGGAGCUGUGGCUGCACAACAUCGUGCACCGGUGGACCGGCGACCUGUCGCGCCCCAACCACGAGGACAUGGGCGCCUACUACUCCUCCGCGCGCGACCCCAUCUUCUACCCGCACCACGCCAACUCCGACCGCCUCUGGGAGGUCUGGCGGCGCGACGACGCCGGCGCCGGCGGCGACCGGCCGCGGCACGCGGACUUCACGGAACCCGACUGGCUCGACUCGUCCUUCCUCUUCUACGACGAGGAGGCCCGCCUCGUGCGCGUCACCGUCCGCGACAUGCUCGACAUCGGGAAGCUCCGGUACACGUACGCCGAGGUCGGCACGCCGUGGCUCGGCGCGCGGCCGCCCGUCAACCCGGACUUGAGCCGGCGAAGUCGCCAGCACCUGAAGCCCGUCCGGUUCCCGGUGUCGCUCGACGCGGCGGUGUCAGCCGCGGUGACGCGGACGCGGCCCGGGAACACGCGAAGCCGCCGUCAUGAGGUGGAGGUGCUGGUGGUGGAGGGCAUUGAGGCGCACGGCGGGGACUUCGUCAGGUUCGACGUGUACGUGAACGCCGUGGAGCACGAGAAGGUCUCGCCGGGGGCGCGGGAGAUGGCCGGCAGCUUCGUGUCCCUGAAGCAGCCCAGGAUGGAGGCGGCGGUGGGCGAGGUGGCGUCGGUGCAGACCAGCAUGAGGGUGGCGCUGGACGAGCUCCUGGAGGACCUGGGCGCCGACGGAGACGACAGCGUCACCGUGACGCUGGUGCCCGUGGCAGGGAGGGUCAGGAUCGGAGGCCUGAGGAUAGUGUACAUGGUGGAGUGAGAUGACAGCACGCACGUGGUGCACGCGUUACAUCGUCAGGCAACUGAAAAAUCCACAACUGUCAAUUUUUCA